CAAACCACCUUUCUCUCUUCCCCUUUAAGUCUCUUUCUCUUCUCUCUCUCUCUCUCUGUCUCUCUCAUUUAUUUUCAAUUCUUCAAGAAAAGAACUGGUUCGAAUCCAUGUUGACUUCUCAAGCAAUGGUUUUAGCGACGGCCAUGGCGGUUUCCGGCACGGUGGUCCUCCUCGCCUGCCGGCUGCAGAGGUCUAUUCAUCUGCCGGAAACCAACCCAAUUCCCCAGUCUUCAUCUCCUCUCCUUCGCCCGUGCAUCUCUUCAGAAGGUAAGAGCAAGAAGGAGAGAAACAAGAAGAAGAGGGUGCGUUUUGCAAAAGAUGUUGUGGAGCCAAGUGGGAAUAACGAAGAAUACAGGAGGCUACACUGCAAUAAUACCCAAAAGUCAUCAUGUACAAACUCUGCAUUAAAGAAGAGUGGAAAAUUGCAAGAAAUGCCACCCAAUAGAAUGGCUCUUUACACCGCCAUUCUCAAGGAAAGAGGGGUUAGCCGUGUGGGCUAUUCCUAUUGAAUUUGUGAAAAUUGCUUUUCACACCCCUGAUUUGUGCAAUAUUUCCCUUCCCCACCCAUACUUCUUUAAUUGUUACAUUUUUUUUUGGGUCUUUUUGUUUAGUUGGAUCUUGGAUGUUGCCAUGAUGGGCAUUUUUCAUUUCAAUUGUAUAGUGGUACUAAGAAUCAAGGAACAUGAAAUGGACCUUUCAUCCAAGUUAAAGGGUCAACUUAGGAUGUUUUUUUAAAUGUGAUGGAAUUACUAUUCAAAUUUUGCGGCUAGUUAUAACUUAUAUUAAGUA